UUUAGUAAUUUAUCAAAAUGAGAAGUUAUCUAGUGAUCUGUGCCUUGGCUUUGGCCUGCUUCGCAGCUACGGCAGUGGCACGCACCAUGAACCGUUGCUCUCUGGCACGUGAGAUGUCCAAACUGGGUGUGCCACGGGAUCAGUUGGCACGUUGGGCGUGCAUUGCCCAGCACGAGAGCUCCUACCGCACCGGAGUGGUGGGACCGGCAAACUCCAACGGCUCCAACGACUACGGCAUCUUCCAGAUCAACAACUACUACUGGUGCGCUCCUCCCAGCGGUCGCUUCUCCUACAACGAGUGCGGCCUGAGCUGCAACGCCCUGUUGACCGAUGACAUUACCAAGUCCGUGAGGUGUGCCCAGAAGGUGCUCUCCCAGCAGGGUUGGUCCGCCUGGUCCACCUGGAAGUACUGCAAGGGAUCCCUGCCAUCCAUCAACGAUUGCUUCUGAGACUCGAACACUUUUGCAAUGUUUUGCUCGCAGUCCAAUAAAUGAAUUACCACAGAUUCUUGGCAUUGUGAA